AUGCGAUCGGCCAGAAGGGUGAUCUUCACAGGGAGGCCGGAGGGUGGUGGUCCUCAUGGUGGACACAGGGUCACUUACUAUGUCUUCACCGACCAGCUGGUUGCUGUGCCCCGUGGGCCACUCUGGGAGGGCCGGAGGGUGGUGGUCGUCGAGGUCCGCGGCGUCCUGCUCUGGCAGGAUGUGUCCAUGUGGCACAUAGCGAUGAUCAGCCGCUUCUGUGAGCAGCGCUUCCUCUGUGACGUGGAAGACCUGGUGUGCGUGGAUGUGGAUGCGGGAAUGAAGUUCUGGGACCAUGUGGGCAUGGAGAUCCUGCCUCCCCUCUUUGGCACCCCACACCCCGGUUUCUCCUGGGCAGCCCACGAGGACUUCAGCUACGCGUGCUGGCCACAGUCCCAGACCCACAUCCCCAGGGACCAGGGCAACUUUUACUACAUGGGGGCCUUUUUUGGGGGAUUGGUGGUGGAGGUUCCCCGACUGACCUCGGCCUGUCACCAGGCGAUGGUGGUCAACUGGGCCAGUGGGAUUGAGGCCUCGUGGCCCGAUGAGAGCCACCUGAACAGGUACCUGCUGGACCACAGGCCCACCAAGGUGCUGUCCCCGGAGGACCUGUGGGACCCACGGCUGCUGGGCUGGCCCCCCAUCAUUCCCUGGGUCAUGAAGAAGCUGAGAUCCAUGGCUGUGCCCAAGAAUCACCAGGACAUCUGGAAGUCACGAGGGGCUGCCCCCGUCUCCAUCAGGGGGUGCUGCCUUGAGCGGAGCUGUCAGAGCAGAUUCCUACUUCUGUCCCCUUGAGGGAAACUGUGGAGCCCAGCACUGCUUGCACGGGCACGCCAACGCCCCAGGCACCCCUGUGCACAGGAGGCCUGCCUGGGGGCACACGUUCCUCUCUUUGUGGUCACUACAUUUUGAUCAUUUCGGGGUCAUUUGCAACUGUGAAC